CGAAUCGAUUCAUCGAAUCUUUCUGUAGUGAGUCAGUGGCUGUGAGCGCGCGACUGCAGGAAAAGUGGGGUGUCACGCGCACAGCACCAAUUGCAGUUCAUGUUUAUUGGAAACUGGAAACUUUGUUAACUUUACUCGGACUUUUUUCGACAGAUUAAUGCCAUGUGCUAGUGGAGAUCUGAUUCGGUCUGUCCCUUUGAGGUCAUCAUGGCAUCAGAGAGGACCUCGGAGGACUCAGUCGUGGAGUGUGGUUCCCUCCCACUGGACAUUGACGACGUCCACAUACUGCUUCAAGUGGAGCAGGAGCAGAUUCAGAAGAGAACCUUCACCAACUGGGUAAAUGCGCAGUUAUCAAAGAGGAGGCCUCCAGUGGCCGUGGUGGACCUGUUCACCGAUUUCAGAGAUGGAUCCAGACUGCUGGACCUGCUGGAGGUGAUGUGCAGCCAGAGGAUGAAUCGAGAGAAAGGCAAAGGGGUGUUCCAGCACAGGACGAACAUCGAGAAAGCCCUGGCCUUCCUCAGGGGGAAAUCGAUCAAACUGGUCAACAUAAAUGUUUCUGACAUCAUGGACGGCAAACCCUCCAUCAUCCUGGGGCUGAUCUGGACCAUCAUAAUGCACUUCCAUAUAGAGGAGUUGGCGAGCACGUUGUCCUUCAGUUCUCGCCAGUCGUCUCUGGAGUCAUUGGCCAGUCUGGACACACGUUCGACGUGCAGCAGUGCACACAGCAGCCCGGUGCCACCACGCGGGUCACCACUACACACACGCUUCAGGAUCUCCGCUAAAAAAGCCCUGCUGCUCUGGGUUAGAGAGCAGUGCCACAAGGCCGGCUGUACUCUGAAUGUGAAGGACUUUAAGACGAGCUGGAGGAGCGGUGUGGUGUUCUUGGCCAUCCUCUGUGCUCUGAGGCCGGAUGUGGUGAGCUUAUCCAAAGCCAAAACCAGAAGCAACAGACAGAACCUGGAGGAAGCGUUCCACGUCGCUGAGAGAGAGCUACAUAUACCCCGAUUACUGGAUCCAGCAGAUGUUGAUGUGAGAGACCCGGAUGAGAAGUCCAUAAUGACGUAUGUGGCUCAGUUUCUACAAUACUCCAAAGACACACCUGCUUCUGAAGAGGACAUGCAGGUUCAGUAUCUCACUCCUACUACAUGUGUCUCUCCUGUGAAUCUGCCCUGUAACUUCACGCCUGCUGUUGCAGCCUCUCCACUCCGACAGAUCUCGGCUACUCAGAAAGCCCAGGAGGUGACAUGUUGGUUGGAGCAGGCCUAUCAGGAGCUGCUGGAGGGAUGGGAGUCCACUGAGGGCGAGAGCUACGCUGAGAGAUACCACGUGUUCCAGACCUUUGUGGUGUCCUUUAAUGAGCAGCGCCGGCCUGUGAUGCCGAUGCUGACGGCGAUGAAGAGGACGGUGAAGCUGAGUGAGGAGCAGCGAGCUCUCCGACAUGCCUGGGAUUCCCUGGCUGAAAAGCUGCAUGAGUAUAAGACAGAGCUAGACCUGAGUCUGCCCGCUCCUCUGGACACGGUGGGCCGCUGGUUACUGAGGGCUGAGGAGGCCUUGGCAGAUGGUGAUGACGAUCGUCAGGACCAUGCACGAGCUGCUCAGGAGGCCCGUGAGAAACACGAGCUGUUUAAGUCAUGUCUAGAGGAGAUGCCUCGUCACAUGAAGACGUUCCAGAUAUUCCAGAAUAUGGAUGAGUACGGAGAAAUGGUGGUUCCUUCUGACAAACUGGAGGAGAUAAAGAGAAGGUUCACUAGUGUGCGCGUCAGCGCUAAGUAUCAUGGCAUUAGACUGGAGUACCAGGAGCACAGACACACAGUGCUAGAUCUGCUCUCUCAGCUGACCCUCAAGCUACGCACUUGGAAAAGAGGCUACAUUUCCCAGGAGGCUGUGCGGGUCCUGAUGAAGGACUGGAAUGAGACCGUCAACAAGCAGGGACUGCCUUCUAUGCUGGAAGGAACUCUUUGCAAGCUCAGACACAUUGUUAACAAAUACACCAGCAAGUCUGCUCUGGCGGGUGACUCAAACCGUGUAAGAAAUCAGAUGAAAGAUUUGGAGGCCGAGACUGCAUCGAUACUAGAGGAGGUGAAGAUGGUGAAAGGCACUAUAACGCGAACGCUGACAGCUUGGGACUCCUACUGUGACACUUACAGCUCGCUACAGGCCUGGCUGGAGCAGGGAACUCAGACGAACAGACACGGACAGCGUGCUGAAGUGACGGUAGAGAUGAUGUCCGAGUGGAGCUCACGCAGUGAGCGUCUGAAUGAAUUCGGAAACUACCUGAUGGACGUCACGGAUCCGCAGACCAGCCGCUCGGUUUCUGACGAUCUUUGCAAGAUUAACCUUAUGUGGGCUGACUUUGUCAGAAGAACCCAGUUUGAACUUGUUGAAGAGCAGAAUGUAACUCCACCGAGUCCUCAGACUCUCCAGGGUUUGAUUAGAGAGGCCACGCAACUUCUGAAGGAACCAGUGGAGGUGCUAUCAGGAUCAAUUCAAACAUACAGGAAGAGACUGCAGUUCAUGAUGAAGAAAAUACAGGAUAUCGAUCUGGAUUCUCUCUCUCCGUCACUUGAAUGCUCAGCUGAAACUCUAAACAAACUCAAGCAGGCCAUUCCAGAGGUGCUGCAGACGCUCUGUGAGGCCAUGCAAGUGUGUGAAGAGUUGCAACAAAGCAUGUCGGGCCUCGAUGGUCGUCUGGCUGAACUUAUACACUGGGAGGCUGAGGUCAGAGAGUUUUAUGAGCUCCUAAAGGAAAAAUCACACCGACAUCAAAGAGGGCAGGACUCUAGGACCCGGUCACUUAUUUCUAGAGGUUUGCAGCUAGAAGGCCAGGUGGUGAUGGAGGAGCAGGAUCUGCAGGAGAUGGUGAUGUCACGUCAGAAGAACUCACCUCUGCAGUACCUCAUUGCCUCUACCAUGCAGGACAGAGUCCGUGCCACUGUCGCACAAUCACAGGAAGCUGUUGGGAUGCUCAGCUCCUUAGGUGCUCGCAGAGACAGAAGCCCUACAGGACGUCAACCUCCACAAAAGGUCUUCAUCCAGGAACAAGAGGUUUCAAAACCCCAAACACAGCCCCAACCAGUGCCUAUGAUUGUUGUGCAGGAAUACCAAGAGGAGAAGAGUCAAAUCCAAGCAUUAGCAAAACCACAAUUAAGGAAAGAGUCAGUGGAAGACCUCCCACACCUGAGUAAACCUGAAGCCCAUGCACAACUACAGAUUCUUCCUGAAGUCAAGCCACAGGGUGAUCUGGUAGGUGUUGUGGCACUGGGGGAACCAAAAAGACAAAAAAGAGGUGAUACCAGAGAAACCAUGGAAUCUCAGCCACAUCAUCUGGAUACAAAACAAAGACCAGAGCAAAUUCAGCAAGUACCCACAAGGCAACAAUCUCUGACUGUGGAACAAGAACCAACACAACCACAGAUGCAAUUGGACACUCAGCAACAAACACUGGGUCAGCAGCAGCAGAUGCAAAUUCAGAAACAAGGUACAAGCCAACAUCAAACCUUAUUCCAACAGUCUGUAAAGGUACGAAAGUCUCAGAAACGUGCAGAAAAUAGGCCUUGGCUACAACAGAAGGCCCAAGCACAGGUUUUGGCCUCCGAUCAAAUGGGUGAGUUAAGUUCAGAAGUACCGCCACAGCCCAAGGUUAUUACCACUAGUGUGUAUCAACCUCUGGUAUCUACGUCAGACCCAGUCCAGGCACAAGCCAAAGUGACUUGGAUCCAGCAACAGCAGCCUGUCAUGGUUACUACCAGUGUUGCAACUCAAGCUCAGAUUUCUACAACAGACACAAACCAAGCUCAAGCCAAGAGGGCUACACAGACACAAGCCAAAGUGACUCAAGCCCAGCAACAACAGCCUGUGCCAGUCAUUGCCAAAGUUGCAUCUCAACCUAUGGUAUCGGCAAAGGACCCAAUCCUGUCUGAACCCAAGAGUUUUAUACAUACACAAUACCAAGUGACUCAAGUACAGCAACAGCAAUCUGUUGUGCAAGCCAAAGUGGGUCAAACCCAACAAGUGACACAAACCAAAGUGGAUCAAGUCGAACAGCAGCAGCCUGUAACACAAGCUAAAUUGAGUCAAGUAUACCAACAACCCCCUGUCUCCCAAAUGCUAGCAAAAGAACAAGUACCAGCUAUGGCACCAGUUACUUCACAAAAGCAACCUCAGGCUUUGACUGUCCAACAACAUCCACAACCAUUCACAGCCACCACAUUUACUCAGCCACCAGCAAAGCAAUCAGAGAUGCAGCCAGCAUUCACGACUCAAAUGCAACGACCAGUCAUGGCUCCGACUCAACCCCCAAUUAUGUCUCAAACCAUGAGACAUCCCCCAACACCAAUCCAACCUCAAAUAAUGACUCAAAGACAGCCACACCCAGUUGCAGCCCAAUCUCCACCCCAGCAAGCAGCAUCUCCCAAUCAUUCUCAAGGUGUUACUAUAACACCAGCCCAGCCAAAAAGUACAGCUCCUGUCCAACCACGAAUAAUCACCAUGCCUCAGAGUCAGCCACAAUUCUAUAAACCACCUCAGUCCCCACCUCAAGUUAUGGGCAUGGGUCAAACUCAUGACAACAUUCAGCUAAGACCACAACCCCACUUCCAGCAACUUCAGUGGAGGCCAAUCAUGCCUGACAUAAUGACACAGAGUUAUCAUGAGACCCCCCACCAGGGUUUCAUGCCAUCCUGUACGCCACCCCAGGCACAAUUUCAGAGCCAUCCACAGUCACAAGGCGUCACCCAGACUCAAGCCCAGCCUCAGCAAUGGGCGCCAUUAAGAGGAGGUCUGGCGACACAGACUUACCCCAGUGUCCAGGGUUCAGGUCAUGUGCAGCCUUAUGCUCAAGGUUACCCCAGUACUCAGCCACAGAGUCAGCAGUGGGGUCAAUUUAGAUUUGAACCAACAGUGCAGCCUUAUUUACAAAUAAGCCCUCAAAGUCCAGUUCAGUCAUUUGUACCAUCACAGCACUGGCAACCAAUCAGACAAUCUAACAUGGUCAGCCACAGUUACCCAAGUGUUCAGAUGUCUGAGUACUCACAAGUCCAACAUCAAGUCACUCGAAGACCACAGAGCCCUCCUCAGAAAUGGCCUAUGCAACCAGAGCCACAAUCCCAAGUUCAAUUUCUGAAAAUGGUUCCUCAACCAAUGGCCCACACACCUUUGGUCCAACCACCAUCCCAAGCCCCAGUAAGACCUCAAGGUCCUGCUCCACAGCAACCCCAAACUCAACAGCAACAGUGGCCACAAAACAGGCCUGAGGUUCCUUUUCAAGUUCAGAUUCAAAGCCAAACUUUGCAGUCACAGCCUCAGGAACAAGUUUUACAAAAGCGAGUGCAGGAGGAAUCCCAACAGCCCUUAGUUCCUCAGGUCAGACCUCCAGCUCAGGCCCAGGCUCCUCCCCAGGCCUAUUCAGAGGCUUACGCAAAAGCACAGGCGCUGGCAAGGAACAAGUUCGAGGAUGCCAAGCACUGCCUUCAAGAGCACAUUCUAGAGGCUAUCAACAUAUUUAAGGGCAAGAAGAUAACUCAGGAGCAGGUGCUUUUCAAAGAAUAUUCUCUGGAUUUUGACCUCCUGAAGGAAUUCCUGAGUGCUGUACAAGGAAUGGAGGCUUUCUGUACCCCAUCUCAGCUCCGAGACAUGGAGCUCUUUACCCAGUCUGUCAGAGCUCAGUGGGAGGCCUGCUCCUCUGCUGAGACCAGUCUAGUUCUGGCUGAACAACAGCUGGAGGCCCUAAAGCAGCUGUGUGAGACGUUGAGUCCAGAAGAUAUCAACAAGCUGGCACAGGCUCAGCUCCAGGAACGUGAGACGACACUCACUGCCAUCCAGCGUCAGUCCAGUGGAGAUCAUGACGUGACGCCAGCAGACUCUGGUGUGUUUAUAGAGCAAACAAAAGAGACCUCACCACUGAAAACUGUCCUUCCAGAGAAACCUGUGGAAAUCACUACAGAGACCUCCGCUGUCACACCUCAAAGGCCAAAAACCGUGGAGAAGAAAGAAAUACUAAAGCAGAUAAGCACGGAGGAGGACAGGUACAGAAGUUCCAGGUUCGCCCUGCAAGCUCAGCUGAAUAGGAACGAGCAGAACAUGCUGGGAGAUCGCCUGUCGGGUUCAGCCACGGCCACAGACCUGCAAAAGAGGCUCCGAGAGCUAAAGGCUUUGCAGGAUGAGACGGAGUGUUUAUGGUCGGAGUACGAGGUACAGUGCUCACAGUGUUCUCAGAUCAAUGAGAGAACAGUGGAGCAGGACCGAGCCGAGCUCACAGUCAAGUGGAGGGAGCAGAGAGCGCAGCUACAAAGAAGGGUCGGUUCUCUUGGCUCGGCUCUGGAGCUCAUGGAUUCCAUCGAGCACCACAUUGCAGAGAUUUCCGAGCGUCUCGACAAGUUCAUCAAAGAACCCAAAGAUGUCAAAGGAUACACACUGAUCAGUGCAAACAUCCUGAAAGAUGUUAAGGACUUGGAUGAGAGUAUCCAAACGCAGAUGGACCGCCUCUCUCGGUUUGACUCGGAACCGAGCCACCUGGACCUACGUGACCGCUCUCCACUCACUCAGCUGGUGCUGAAGCACAGAGCCAGUCUGGAUCGUCUCCGGCAGCAAGUGCGCAAGAGCGAGGCAGCAGCUCGCGCCCUAGACCGCUUCCUCGUAUCACUGCGCACUUUGGAUCAGGAUGUCUUAUUUGUGCAGAGCGUCUCCUGUGCCGACGUGACGGCACUGCAAGACAGCAGGUCCAAGCUAGCUCUGAUCAGAAAGGGAGCAGCAAGCCUGAGUGAUAAAGCACCACAGUUAGACCAGCUCCUUGGUGGAGCCCAGAUGGAGGUGACCCAAGAGGGAAGCUCCGUCACCUGUCUGGAUAUGGUGGCGGUCCUGGUGCGGAAGGUGGAGGACGCCGACGACAAGCUUAUUAUCCGGCAGGAGGAGCGUCAGAAAGAGCAGCAGAGCAAGGGACUCGGGAUGAGGAAGAAGACUCUGCUGGCAGAGCUGAGGAAGGUGCAGGGGGUGGCAGAGAAGCAGGGACUGAAGGAGCCCACCAUGCCGGCUGUGCAGCACAGGAUUCGUGCCUUGUCAGAUCUGGAGACACAGAUGAACUCGCUGCGUCCAGAGUACGAGAGUAUCAGAGAAACUGCUAGAAAGCUUUCUACAGACACGGAGCAGCGUGAUGAGAUGGAGUCUGUUUGGGAGGAGACAGAGAGAGCUGUUGCUGAAAGGCAAGAGCAGUGCAGCACUCUAAUGGAACUGCUGAAGAAGUUUCAGAGCUGUCGUACUUUUCUGGGAAACAUCCUCCAGCGAGCGGAGCAAACCAUCAGCGAGCAGGCAUCGUACAUGAGUAAAGACAACCUCCAACGGCUCAUAGCCAGGGUUUGUGGGAUAAAGGAGGACCUGAAUGGCCUCGGACCUAAGAUUGAGGAGUUCAGGGUUGUGUGCAGGCAGCUGCAGUCUCAACUAAAAAAACUCCCAGACUGCUCAGAAACCCCAUUUGAAGCCGAGGCGGACACUCUGGUGGACUCCUGGCUGGAUGUCUCAGAGAAGACAGACAGCUACGUGGACAGCCUGCACAUGGGUUUGGAGGUGUGGGAGAAGCAGCUGAUGCUCGGUGGAGAGUUGGAGGUUUGGGCUGCUGCUAAACUCAGUCUUUUUGCCGAGUCUCACACGUUCCGCAAUGAGAAAGAGGUCUUCAGAAUGAAGGAUGAGAUCCAAAAGCAGGAACAGAGCAUCGAACAGUUUCAAAGGAAGUCGCUGGAGAUCCAGGAGCUGCUGCAGAGCAAAGAGGCUCCACUGGAGCUACAGGUCAUGGAGACUGCUCUGAAGAAGAAGAUGGAGCAGGUAAAGGAGCUUUUUGACAGCAGCACCGAUGUCUUCCGAGAGCUGCUGAGUGUCCGAGCACACCUUCUCCAGCAGAUUGACACCUGUCAAACAGCCAUCCAGAGAAUACACUCCUCAGUGAGAAUGCUCUGUGCUGACAACAAAGAUCUGCUGCAGAAACAUUUACAGGAUCUUUCUGAUCAGUUACUGGAUCAGGAGGAAGAGGCUGACUCUUUGAUCAAGGAAGUCGAGCUCAUGUCCAGUAUGACUGCACCCCAGGCCCUAGAGGAACUGUCCAAUAAAAGCAAGCGCCUCAAAGAUAACGUCGCAGUGACUCGGCACCUCAUUGGUCAAAAGAAAGAACAGGGAGAGAAAAGCAUUCUCAUCCAGUCAAUUAAAGACGAGUGCCAGAUGUUUGAGGACUGGCUACAGGAUGCACAGCUUGCUGUCAAUGAGUGUUUUGAGAACCCCGAAAUGAGGGAGAAUGUGGAGGCAUCCAUGCAGAAACUACAAGAUUUCUUGGCUUCUGAAGAAGGUGAGCAGCGACUUGCCCAGGUGAAGAAGGCUUUGGAGAAGAAGGGUCAGGAGGAAGUCCCUGCCGAAACCCAAGCUGAACUUUGUGCCUGGCAGCAGGAGCAGGAGGGAGAGCUGACCACACUCCAAGCUCACUGCCAGGGACGCCACAAACAGCUGGAGGACAUCCUAAUCAAACUCAGCAGCUUGCAAGCAGAACAUGACCAUUUCCAAGAUUGGUUGCGGCAGAGAGAGAAGCUACCAGAGCAAAGGGAAAAGCUGAGACAAGUCCAUGAGGAUUUUCUUAAGGAAAGCGGACGUGUUGAGGCAUUCAGUGACUUGCUAGCUUCUGUAAGAUUGAAAGGAUUAAGAGGAGACCCCUUGCUAAGAGACAGUGAGUCCCUGGUGGACCAGUACCACAGUCUUGGAAUUCGUUUGGAGACUCAAUCUCAAAUCUAUAAAUCCUUGGAGAAGGAGGUAGAAAUAUUCCAUAUUAAGGAGGAAAACACCAGGACGUGGGUGAGAAACUUAAAACAGAGUCUGGAAUCAUUGGACAAAGACCGAGAGGCUCCAACAGAAGAAAAGCUGCUGAAGAUUCAGGCUGUUUUAGACCUACGUGUCGAGGGCGACGCCAAGAUGGCAGGUUUGAAGAUGGACAGCAAGAGCUUGUGUGCUCUUGAAGAGUUGGAGGAAAGUACGCGGCAGGAACUUAUCCAGACCCUGAGAAAUAUAGACGAUGAAUGGAGAAGAGUUCUGGAUUCGGCGCAGCAGCUUAAAGCUCAGGCUAAGCUCCAACAAACUCUCCUAAAGGAACUAGAAGCUCUCCAAGAUGAGGAGAAGAACACCCGGUCAUGGGUGGAUGAACAAAUGCGAAAGCUGGACUUCCUGGACAAAGACACUCCAAUACAGGAAAGAUACAACAAGCUGCAGGAGGUCCUGAGUCUGAAACAUGAAGGCGACUCAAAAUUGAUAACUCUAAGGAAAAAGGGGGAGAGCAUUUGUGCUCAUAAGGAGUGGAAGAGACACAGCAUUGAACAAAGCCAGAGAGAGUUGGAGGAGGAGUGGGCAAGGGUUCUGCAAACUGCACGGGAGAUGAAGAACCAGAUUGAGCAUGAAGAUUCUCUCUCUAAGGAACUAAAGAGCUUCCAAGACCAGCUGGAAAGCACACAAUCUUGGAUUAGAAAGCUAAAAGUGACCCUGCAGUCCAUGGAUAAAGCCUCUCCAGCUGAGGAGAUAAUUAUCCAAGCUCAGACUGUUUUGGUCCAUGGUCCAGAGGGUGACUCAAAACUUGCUGCUCUUAAGCAUACAGGUGAGUGUGUGUGUACUCGUGAAGGGCUUAAAGAAGACACUAGGCUGUCCAUCCAGCAAACUCAGAGAGCCUUACAGCAAGAGUGGAGAGAAGUGCUUGAUUUUGCUCAAAUCCUGAGGAGCGAAGCGGAAAUCCAGGUCGCUCUUGAUAAGGAGCUUUGGGAUUUUAAUUCCCAAGAAGAAAUCUUUCGAACCUGGGUCAUGGAUCAUCAGAAGCGGUUUGAAUCACUGGACAAAGAUGCUCCUCUACAGGAGAUACUUGUUAUAUCACAGACCAUCCUGAACUUGCAGCCAGAAGCAGACUUGAAGAUGAUUGCUCUGAAGAGUAAAGGAGACAUUCUGUGCGCAAAGCUGGAUGAAAGCAGGAAGGAAUCAAUCCAGCAGACCCUUAGGGAUGUUGAGGAGAAACUAAGAGUAUUGAUGGAAAUUGCCCAAGAGCACAGAAAUCAGGCUGAGCUCCAGGGUUCUCUCUCCAAGGAGCUUCAAACUUUCCAAUCGGAGGAAAAGAAGAUACAAUCCUGGGUUGAAGAGUUGAAGCAAGACUUGGUUUCUCUGGGCAAAAGCACUCAUGGCACCCAAGAGCAAAUAGAGGAAAGGCUCAACAAAGCUCAUGCUGUUCUGAGCCUUCGACCUGAAGGAAACUGCAAGAUGUCCUCCCUAAAAAGAAAAGCAGAGAGUCUGUGUGGUCGGGAAGAUCUCGAUGAGCAAAUGAGAUGGACUCUUGUGCAGAACCUGAAGUCCUUAGAAGAAGAAUGGAAAGGAGUUCUCCAGAAUGCUCAAGAGCUACAUAGUCUCUUGAGGAGCGUGGUGGAGCGUCUGGUUUCGUGUCAGUGCCAAAGACAGCAGACACAGUCUCGUGUGGAGCAGCUGAAGCAGCGGACGGCAGCGCUGCCUCGCCACUUCCCCUGGCCUGGAUUAGGGGACCGCAGGCAUGCAGUGGAGCAGGCUAUGGCUCUUCUGGACAAGGCGAGGUCUCUGAGCCCUACCCUGUCCGCUCUCAGAGCCCUGGGCCGAGAGAUGAGCCAGCUCACACGGGACCCGAGCUGGACGGAUCCGUCUAGGGCAGCCAUGGAGGAGUGCGUCCCGGGGUUAAUCAAAGACUUAAUGGAAUUGUGUGAGAGCCUAGAGGAGGGCAUUCGCACAGAAAGAAACUGCGUUCAGCUGGUGGAGCAGCACAGUGCCGCGCAGGACUGGCUGAGAGAGCAAGUCAAAGGUUUUGGAGCUCUGCCCACUGAUCGCCAUGGUUUACAGGGCUCUAUUAACACUUUAAAGGCUCUUCUUCAGACAGUGGAGAGGGAGGAGAGAGAGAUGAAAGAGCUUGACUCGGCUAAAGACGCCCUGAUCAGCUUGUGCACUCCAGGCGGUCGUGAUGCUCUCACUUUAGAAACUGGCCACCUCCAUGACCUUUGUGCCUCCUCUGAGAGGGAAAUAAAGGAGAGGCUUGUUGUGUGUGAGACUAGAUUGGCUGACAUCGAAUUGAAGAUAGCUGAAAGAGCAGAGCGUCUCAGAGCACAGGCUGAAUGCCUUCUGAAUGAUCUCAGAGCACAGGAAUGUCUAGGAUUUGUAGAAGGAAACAGAAAUAUUCGCCAACUACAGGAAAACUGGAAUAUCCUAAAGAUCUGUGAGAAGGAGCUCAACGCAAUAGAGGGCAAAGUUCGUGAUCUGGGCCAGGCUGUCCGCAUGGUUCCCCCUGAAGAGGAUCUUCCUUCUAACGUCAUUUCUCUCGUAGACACAGUGACCCAGCAGUACUGCAGAUUGCAGUCCAAGCUGUCCGAACGACAGAACGACUGUGCUGAUAGCGCAGUGCACUGUAUGAGAGAUACACUGCAGGCCCUGCGUUCCUGGACCCAGUCCACACACACACAACCUCUUUCCGACUCAGCUUACACCAUUCAGGCGAUGAUAGAGGAAGGUGCAGUACUGCACAAGAACCUGCAGGAGGCAGUAUCUAAUAAGCAGCUGCUCCAGGACAGUCUGGGCCAAGAACUCACCGACAAGCUGGAGAGAGAUGGAUCAAAUGCAUUAAAGGAUGCAGAUACGCUCAUUAAUCAACUUCAGGAGAGGCUGCAGGAUCUCGAGGAGGAAAGGACGAAAAAUAAAGCUCUUACAUUGUCAAUGGAAACGCAGCCUAGUCAUUUGGUCUCAGAGGUUUCCUGUGGAUGGCCCAGCACACACACACUAGAUACUACCACAAAGGUUGUGCUUGAUUGGUCAAAGGCUCAAGAUAUUUCCUCUGCUCCAGUGGCCAGUGCUAAAAGUUCAGUGGUUGAGUCUUUUGAAAUGGUGCAUAGAGAUGUUGCCAUGUCAAUUAUCGAAGAAACUCCAGCAAAGACAGAACAGCCAAUGGAAACAGUAGUGCAAGAUGUUGUUCUAGCUGAUAAUCAGUCAGAUGACACGCUGACUUCGGCAUUCGAACAAAAAUCAGGAGUCAGUGAAGUUUCCAUGACAGUUGAUGGUGGAUUGUUGCCAGAAUCUCACACUGCAGAACCACUGCUGGUAUCUGCAUUAGAUGAGUCUGGGGCUGAAUUCAAAACCGAUGAUCUACCAACCACAACAUCAACUAUAACCUCUAAACUAGAAGAACCCACUGACGUCGCUGGAUCUGAAAGUCUAAUGACAGGGAUUCCGUCUGAUCUUCAUGUUUUAGAAUCUGUCACAGAGAGAAUAAAUCCAUCUGAAGAGUUAGAGGAAAGAGCACUUCAACUGAACGCCCCUGUCUCCACAAUCGUGGAGAGAGAGAUUCCUACAGAACUCAGUGAGGAGAUUUCAGGAGAGAUAGACUUUCCCACAGAAGACUGGUCACUGACAGCACUACAUUUCGACCAAAGUAAACUUAAAACUGAUGGUUUGUCUACCACAGCUUUGGCUGUGCAGUCUGACGUAGUACCAGAAGUUGGUCCAGCAAAAGGUGAAGAAAAAAUUGAGAUGAAGGGAAUGGAAAAGAUACAACCUGCCUUGUGUGACAAACUCCAUGACACUGAGACAUCACUGGAAGGAAAAGCCAAGGAAUCAAUUGGAAGUGACAAGAGUACAAUAUAUGCUCACAGGCUUGACCAAGAAUCUGAUGCAAUUGAAGAAGCACAUAGGAAGUGGUCAUUUACUUCUGAUACUUGUGAACUUAUGAGUGAGGAUGGUAAAAUGCCAACGAAGAAAAUAGCUGCACUAAUUCUUGAUAAAGACAUAGUAAAUAUUCAUGCUACUGAGGUCCCUGGCUCAACUGACCAUAAUGCAGGGAGAAUUGAUUCAGCUUCAGACACUGGCUUUGAUGCCACUUUGUCUCAACAAGAAGAAAAGUUGGAUACAUCAGAGGAAACGAGAAAAGAAUUUGACCGUCAUACCUCUCUAGAUCAUCAAGAACUGGAAAGUGCUGGGAAUGUUGUUGAUUCCACUAAAUCAAGUCAACCUCCUGAGGAAAACGUUGACAGAACUUUACAAACUGUCUUACUUUCUGGGGAAACAACUGAGACCCAAAUCUUAACCGGAAGCAGUGAACCAACUACUACAUAUGCUGAGAGAGAAGGAACCUGGAUAACAAACAACGGUCCACAGGAGGUCCAGAGAGUGAUGGAACCACUUGAACACUGGACUGUGAAUAAUGGCCCUCGAGAGACCCAACGCAGAUAUAUCAUUUUGGAAAGACGAGAGGGACUAGAGAUAUGUCGAGAACCAGCUGCCGAGACAAACGUGCCUGUACUGGAUGCUGCCGCAAGUAAACCUGGCAGAGUAGUAACAGACGUAUCCGAACUUGAAGCUACAGAAAACGUUGAGCAAGAAGUUGGUAAAGAGUCAGUUGAAACUGAAGACAGCGAGAGAGUAACAUUGAAUGCUAAGAAACCAUCUGAGACAUUAGAGAUCAUAGGGACAUUUCCAGCAUCACAGGCUAGAAGGAAACUAGAGAGGUUAUCCAUCAGUACUGAAGACAAGCUAGUGGAAGAGGUGGAUAAGGUAAUUGUGGAAGUUGAGAGCACAAAAAGGACAACAGUGAAAGGUGAGACUAAACCAACCCCACCAAGCAGACGAUCUAAGGAAAGUGAAAGGUUGUCGGUCAGUUCAGAGGCCCUGUCUGAAGAAGUAAAUAUUCCUGUACCAACCAGUGAACAGUACAAACAGGAUGAAACACAGUUACCACCUGAAGAAGUUCUUCCAACUCCACCAAAUAGAAGACAUAAGGACAAGUUAGGAGAUGAAAGGCUGUCACUGGAUCUCGAUUCUACAACCCCACCAGAAAGAAGACAAAAAGAGAAGGCAGAACAUCAACAACUUGAACAAGAGAGGAAGGGUUCAGCCACAGCUGUUGAGGAGCCUCUUGUAAAACCAACUCCACCAGUGGUUUCCAAAACCCAAGAAAUGGAGGAGACACUGGUGAAACCCACACCUCCAACAAGAAGGAGAGAUAGCAGAAAUGUGACUGAACCAGUGUGUGACAGCAGUGAUUUGGACAAAACAAGGACAAAAGAGAUAGCUGUUGAGGAGUCUCUUGAAAAACCAACUCCACCGGUGAGACGAAAAGCAAGCCCAGAGGAAAGUGACUUCAUCAAUCCACUGGUCUCCAAACCCCAAGGAACGGAGGAUUUACUGGUGAAACCCACGCCUCCAACAAGGAGGAGAGAUAGCGGAAGUGUAAGAGACAUUGUAUCAAAAGAAAUGGCCAGUCAAAUUUCUAAGAGCACUGAAUUGGAUAAGACAAGGAAGCAAGGAAGUGCUGUUGAGGAAACUCUUGUAAAACCAACCCCACCAGUAAGAAGAAAAGUAAGUCAAAUAAGUCAAACCCAAGAAAUGGAGGAGAUAUUAGUGAAACCCACACCUCCAGCAAGAAGGAGAGGUAGUAGAAAUUUCAGUGAUCGGGCCUAUGAAGAAAUGGCCUGUAGCACUUAUUUGGAGAAGACAGUGACCCAAGAGAGAGCUCUUGAGGAGCCACUUAUUAAACCGACUCCACCAGUGAGACGAAAAGUGUCAAGUCAAAUUGAAAGUGACACUGUUUCAGUGCUUUCCAAGAUCCAUGAAGUGGGGGAGAAUGUAGUGAAACCCACACCCCCAACAAGAAGGAGAGAUAGCAGAAAUAUGAGUGACAUGAUAGCCAGGAGCACUGAUUUGGAGAAGGAGAAAGCUCUUGCAGAGCCUCUUCUAAAGCCGACUCCACCAGUGAGACGAAAAACAAGUCAAAUUGAAAGUAAUGUUAUUUCAUUUGGGUCAAAAGCCCGGGAAAUAGAGGCUACAUUGCUGAAACCCACACCACCAAUAAGAAGGAGAAACAGUGGAAAUAUGACUGACAUGGCGGCCAGUAGAAUUUCCAGCAGCUGUGAUUUGGAGAUUUCAGCUUCGGUGACAUCGGAAAGAGCUCUUGGUGAACCUCUUGUAAAACCAACUCCACCAGUGAGACGAAAAGCAAGUCGAACUGAAAGUGAGAUUUCCAUUGAUGAUAAAACCAAAGAAAUGGAGGAGGCUUUAGUGAAACCCACACCUCCAACAAGAAGGAGAGAUAGCAGAAAUGUGAGUGACAUAGUAGCCGUCAAAAUUUCCAGCAGCACUGAUUUGGAGAACUCGGUGGCACAAGAGAAAUCUAUUGAGGAGCCUGAUAUUAAACCAACUCCACCAGUGAGACGGAAAACAAGCCUAGCUGAAAGUGACCAUUCCAUGGUUUCUAAAACCCAAGAAAUGGAGGAGACUUUGGUGAAACCCACACCUCCGUCAAGAAAGCGAGACAGCAGAAAUGUGAGUGACACAGUAGUUGGCAAAAUUUCCAACAGCAACGAUUUGGAGAAAGUUCCUGAAGAGCCACUUAGUAAACUAACUCCACCAGUGAGACAAAAAGCAAUUGAAAUUGAAAGUGAUGUUAUUUCAGUGGUUUUCAAACCCCAAGAAAUAGAUGAGACACUGGUGAAACCUACACCUCCAGCAGGAAGGAGAGAGAGCAAAAAUGUGAAUGACACAGUGGCCACUAAAAUUUCUGUCAGCAGUGAUUUGGAAAACUUGGUGACAGAAGACAGAGCUGCCGAAGAGGCUCUUGUAAAAUCAGCUCCACUAGAAGAAACACUGGUGAAACCCACACUUCCGACAUGCAGGAGAGAUAGCGGAAAUGUGGAUGAAAUCAUAUCUAAACAAAUAGAGGGUGAAUUUUCAAGUAGCACUGAUUUGAGCAAGACCAUAACACAAGAGAGCGCUGAUAUGGAGGUUCUUGUAAAACUGACUCCUCCAGUGGGACAAGAAGCAAGCCAAGCUGAAAGUGAAAUUCCCAUCGUUGAUAAAACCCAAGAAAUAGAGGAGACUCUGGUAAAACCCACAACUCUGAAAAGGAGAGAUAGCAGAAAUGUGGAUGAAACUGUACCUAAACAAAUGGAGAGCGAAAUAUCCAGUAGCACUGAUUUGGACAAGACUGUGACACAAGAGUGUGCUGAUGUGGAGAAACUUGUAAAACCAACUCCUCCAGUGGGACAAGAAGCAAGCCAAGCUGAAAGUGACAUUCCCAUCGUUGAUAAAACCCAAGAAAUAGAGGAGACUCUGGUAAAACCCACAACUCUGAAAAGGAGAGAUAGCAGAAAUGUGGAUGAAACUGUACCUAAACAAAUGGAGAGCGAAAUAUCCAGUAGCAUUGAUUUGGACAAGACUGUGACACAAGAGUGUGCUGAUGUGGAGAAACUUGUAAAACCAACUCCUCCAGUGGGACAAGAAGCAAGCCAAGCUGAAAGUGACAUUCCCAUCGUUGAUAAAACCCAAGAAAUAGAGGAGACUCUUGUAAAACCCACAACUCUGAAAAGGAGAGAUAGCAGAAAUGUGGAUGAAACUGUACCUAAACAAAUGGAGAGCGAAAUAUCCAGUAGCACUGAUUUGGACAAGACUGUGACACAAGAGUGUGCUGAUGUGGAGAAACUUGUAAAACCAACUCCUCCAGUGGGACAAGAAGCAAGCCAAGCUGAAAGUGACAUUUCCAUCGUUGAAAAAACCCAAGAAAUAGAGGAGACUCUGGUAAAACCCACAACUCUGAAAAGAAGAGAUAGCAGAAAUGUGGAUGAAACUGUACCUAAACAAAUGGAGAGCGAAAUAUCCAGUAGCACUGAUUUGGACAAGACUGUGACACAAGAGUGUGCUGAUGUGGAGAAUCUUGUAAAACCAACUCCUCCAGUGGGACAAGAAGCAAGCCAAGUUGAAAGCGACAUUUCUUCAGUGGUUUCCAAACCCCAGGAGCCAGAGGAAACACUGGCGAAGCCCACACCUCCAACAAGGAGAGGUAGCAAAAUUAAGAGUGAUACAGUUGCUGAAGUUUCUCAAUCUGAGGUACAGGAUGGUCUGAUUGAACCAACUCUGAGAGAAAAAGAUAACGAAGUAGAGCUUGAAAGUAUCAAAGUAUCAUCUGUUAGCACAGAACCUGAAGAAGCUCUACCUAAACCAACCACACCAACAGACCAAAAGGAGGAUACAACUACAACUGAUCUUGAUACGAUUCCAAUUAAAGUAGAAGAGCCACCAAUCCAAUCAAUCUCACCAACCGGGAGCAUAGAAAAAAGUGUUGAUGUCCAACCAAUGAUUAAACAAGAAGAUGAGCAGCCUGAGAAAGAGCUCUGCUCUGCUCUGGGCACAGAGUCUACAGAGGGCUUGACUGAGAUUAAAAGCAUCAGUUUGGUUGAGGCACAAUUACAAGAUGCAGACAAAUUGGAAAUCCCCAGUCAGGAUGCCUCAGUUGCCAGAACUAUUGACGUGUCAGAGGCAUUAGAAGAAGAGCAACAACAAGAAGAACAAGAAGAAGAACCACUUGGUGCUACGAUGAAUAAUAUUUUCACUGAGAUUGAAAAGAUGCCUAAGACAAGACCAAAUAGCCUGCUAAUUGAGAGCAGGCCUUAUGAAGAUCCUCUGGAUGUUCUCAAUACCUCUGAUGCUGACCUUGAGGCCCAGUUGAACAGAUUGGUGUUUUGCAUACUGAGUUGCCGUAAUUGCCCUGCAGUGCUCAACCCUAUAGAUAUGGCCAAACAAGUAGAAGAAGCUGAGUUUUGCAGACAAAGUGCUCAGAAGCAAGUUUCCUCAAUCUCAAAGCAAGAUCACGUUAACGGUGACGUUAGCGCUCUUGCCGUUGGCUCAGCCCACGACCCUGAGGCUAUGCAGCGACUGAGUUGCCAGUGGACAGAGGCAUUGUGGGAUGCAUCUGGCACUGUACACACCAAGGAGGCGCAAUUGCAGCUGGUGAUUGACUAUGAUAGACAAAUGCAGAAAGCCAAAGCUACUCUUGAGAAACUGGCCGGUGAACUGGAGUCCUUGAAAAUGUGUCCAGUCGAAAGCAGCUUUGUUGAGGAGCAGAGACUGCGCUCCUUCCUGAGGACUAUGGAACAGGAGAGAACAGUUCUUGGAGAGCUGAUCCAAACAUAUUCCCAGCUAUCACCCCACCUCAGCCAGCCUGAGAGAGCAGCAGCACAGUCUCAACAGAGCAUCUUGCAGUGCGAAUGGAAGGUGCUGGAGAAAUCUGCUGAGAAAACCUUGCAUAAUGUCAGCGCUUACACCAAAGAGAGUUUCGACCUUCUAGAGGAUAUCAAUACCUUAAAAGAUCAUAUGGAGAACUUUCAUAAGAUCUUGGGAUCACCCUGGAUUUCAUCUGCUGCUUGGGAUAGCAAGAGAGCGCAAGCAAUAAUUGAACUCAGCGCUGAGCUCACAGCUGCCAAACAAAGAUAUUUUGACCUCCAUCAAAGCUUUGAAGCUUUCUCCCAAGGAUGCAAUUUCAAGAUCGAGGCGUAUAACAUACAGCAGGGCUUAUGGAGUGUCAAAGAUCACAUGGAUCUGAUUGUUGAGGAGUUGGCUUUUUCAAUCCCGACCAGCAGCGACCCCACCAUGGUCAAAAUCGUCAAAGUGAUAACAGAAGCCCUAGCUUGGGCCAAGAAGACAGAGUACGACAUUGAGAAUAGGCAAAGGAAGGUUUCUCUGCUUCCAGAAGAAGUCCAUCGACAAAUCAAGGACUUGAAGAAGCUGCAUUCAGAGAUGACGUCUAAGCAGACACAGUUAACCACUCUGACCGAGGAGGUAACCCAGUUGAUCCCAGAUCUUGAUGAACCCGAUGUUCCUGUGGUCACUUCCUUUUUGGAACUAUUGGCAAGUUUGUCAAAAUCGACAGCAGAAAAACUAGCCACUGCUAUGGAAGAAAUACAGUUAAGUCUUCAGACUCGGGAGAAGAUUUCAGAGCAGGUAGCUGAUGUGGAUUCCUGGAUUCUGUGCCAUCUCCAUAAGAAAUCUCUGAGUCGAGAGGAUUUCCAAAGCUUGAGCGCAGCGGAUCUCGAUCGAAGGUUACGGCAGAGUCAGGAUACGCUCCGUGAGGCGGAAAAACACUCCGGGAUUGCAGAGGCUUUGCUGAUGAAGAAUAAAGACAUUACCUCUGAGCUUAGCAUCUCUGAGAAUGCAUGGCUGUAUGAGAAACUCACCAAGCUUCAGGAAGACAUAAAGGGCAUCAUCAAUUACGAGAAAUCGUCCAUACUGGAGAUAACAGAUAUAUUACAGAAUCAGGAGUCAUCAGAACAGAAAAUGACUUCUUUAGAGCAGAAAUUGAGACAGAUAAUGAUAGACAUGAAAGGACACACAUUUCCCAUCACUAAGGACUCUCUGUCUGCCAUUGAGCCUUUCAAACGCACGCUUGUAGAGCACAAGUUUCAGGUUGAACAAAUAAACACUUCUGCAGAAGGCAAGAGAAGAGAGCUGCUAUGUGUGAUCUCUGAGCUCCAUCAUAAAAUUAAGGCUUUUCAUUUUAAAUCUCAGAUCCACGAAAGGUUCCUCAGCCUCAAGCAGCGUGUGGAGGACCUUCGUGAAAAUGUAGAGCUCUAUGUCCCAAAGACGAAAGAUGAAAGCAUUCCCAAAGAGGAACGCUAUAAGAUCUGUCAGUCUCUUCUUACCCAGAUUCCGCUAAUCAAACUUAUGUACAAGGAAGCAUCAGAUGAACUUACAAACAUCUCACCGGACCUUUAUCCAUCUCAGCUAACUACCGAACAAGAGAGGCUCAAACAAAACCUUGACAGUCUUAACACUUGGGAGAUGGCUAUCCGAAAUAACCUUCAGAUUGUGGAAUGGGACAUUCUGAAAGAAAUAAAUUAUCUCUCGGAGCAAAGAGUCGUACGCGAUUUCCUCAAAGAGGUUAAUGAGGUGUUGGAGAAGACUUACGAGGUGGAGUAUAACCAGGGAGCUGUUGAAGAUGAACUCAGAAAGUUUCUUAAACUUAAGAAGAACAUCGAAGCUAGAAUGCGGGUUCUGGAGGUUUUGGAAAUCAAAAAUGGACACCAGCAGGGGUCUCAAAAUGCCAAAGACAUUGCAGAUUUGGCCAAAGGUGUCUUAGACAACUGUGACCAAAGAUUGGUGGACCUGUCCAAAGCAAAGGAAUCAUUGAAAACCUAUUCUCGUGGAGUCAGAAGUGCGAUUCAGUUCCUCCAGAGGACUGAAUCUGUUCUCCUCCCGUCUCUCUGCUCACCAAGGAGCUGUUCAGAAAGACUGAAGGAUGUCCAACAGGCCCUGUUAACUUUAGACAAAGAGUUCCAAUCCCCUCUCACUGAAAUUCAGACUCUUGCUCCCUUCAGUCCCUUAUUUUCAGCACAGAAGGUAGAACAAUUACAAGUUGAGAUUCUAGGUUGCCUUUUGGUCCGAAUGUCCACUCUUAAAGCCCAGGCCCAGCUGAGACUAGAAGCAUUGGAGAGGUGUGUUAACAGCCAGAGAAGCACCCGUGUGUGCUACGAAGAGCUGUGCCGACGUGUCCGGGACUCAGAAACAACCCUAGCGGAGUGCGCCUCUAAAAAAAUCACAUCUCAGAUGGACUGCCGUGACCAGCAAGAAACACUUAAAACACUGGUUAAAGAGGUCGACAUGCUGCCUGGCAAACUGGAUGAGCUAAGAGAGUGGUGUCCAGUACAGGGUUGCCGUGGCAACAGGGACGAUGCUGUAAACUCCCUCUGGGGUCAGGUUGCCAGGCUGCGACAAUGCGCCAGACAUCUGCUCGAACACUCAGAGCGGAGGGGACAGGAAUGGAUACACGUCGGAAAGAGUAUGGAGAAAGCAUCAUCUGUCCUGGAGCAGAUGGAGGCUGAGUUGCCUGAGAGCAGCAGAGAGAAGGCUACUGCUGAGGAGCUUCAGGAGCUGCUGCAGUUUUGGUCACCGUACCAGGACAGACUGGACUGCGAGCAUCGAGCUCUGUGUGCACUGGAACUGCGAGUUGCUAGGCUACUGAGAGUCCCCUCCCACUUGGAACAAGCCCCGCCCAUUCCACUGUGUCAGGAGCUGCAAGCCAUGCAAGAGCGCUAUCACAGUCUAAAGUCCCGGAGUGCUCAGGGUCGUAAGGCAGUGCAGGCGGAGAUGGAGGAGAGGACGAAGGUGUGUGAGGAGCUGCAGGAGAUCCGGGAUUGGCUCGUAGCUGCAGGGGCUGUGAUGUCAGAGCUAGAGCAAGCGCCCAGCACAGAACGGCUGCAGGAGCUUCACUCUGAGCUGUGUACCCAGAAGGCUGUGCUGCAGCGCAUCAUGGAGGGUCUUAGGAUGAAAUAUUCAGAUAUGUACACUCUGGUUCCCAUGGAGAUAGAUGGCCCACUACAGGAAGUCUCUCACUCACUACAGGAAGUGGUAAAGCAGGUGGAGGUGGCUGUGCAGAAGAGUGGCCCGUUACACAGGCUAGAUGCUAAACUCUCAGAGAUUAACACAGCCCUGGAUGCCGUACAGAGCAGACUGAGGAACAAGUGUCCUAAUGUCGCUGAAGCUGAGAGUGCACUGAAGCGUGUCUGGGACGAAUUGGAUGGCUUACACUCGCGUCUCGCAGAGGUUGAAGUGGAGCUUCAAGACCUCAGUGAGGAGAAACCGGAGGAGACGCAAGCCCUCAUGGAGAAACUGUCUCAGACCCAGCAACUACACACAAGCCUUUCCAAACAAGCCGAGGACAGAACGGCCUUCCUCAACAAGAUACAUGGUUGGCUACAGGAGCAUGAGGAGAUGGUGAAAGGAUCUCAGAGCUGGAUUACUGAAUCUCAGUCAUGGUUGACCGCACCGUAUACCUACACUACUGCGAAAUGUCUGGACAGCCAUGUUAAUGCUCUACAGAUGGUUCUUGAUGACUCGGCGCAGAUUCGCCGGACUUUACAGGGAUUUGAGAGUGUGUUGAAGGAGAUGGCGAGUGUGUGUGAUGUGAGUGGGCUUCAGCAGGAGCUGUGUGAAGCAGACCGGCGUGUAGCGGACAUGCAGAGCAGCCUGCUGGGGCCUCUAAAAAUAUUAGAGCACGCUGCAGCUGAAGUGGACGCCAUGGAAUCUGAGCUGAGGAUCAUGGAGAAAGACGUGACUGAGCUCAGAUCAGCGCUCACCUCAAAGCAAGGCAUCAGCCAGGACAAAUUCAGGGCUGCUGAAAACAGGAUCGAGCUGAUGAAGAGGACAGUAGCCGAACUGAAGAGUUGCAAGACCGGACUGCAUUUGCCAGAAGGAGCAGAAAACACACUCACUGUGUUCAGUAGUGCUGACUUACUACUGAAUAAACUGUUGGAGCUAGAGCAGCUGGCGCUGGAGCACACUGUCGUGGUAUCAGAGCCAUGUGAGAUGUCCUCCACACUCCGCGUUCCUCCCACCAUCGCGGAAGAAGAACCUCAGGACGGUAUUUUGGAGCAGGGGCAGGUGGAGAUCGUCCGCAUGACUGAGGAUGUGUUGACACGAUCUGGAGCCGUGCUGAUGACCAUAAAGGAAACGACACUCGAGCAGAGACUCGAAUCAUCAGCUCACACACAGCAGCUAGGGCAUGAGGAGGAGGAAGAGGAAAUGUAUGUGGAUGUAAGAGAAGACACUGAUGAUGAUGAUGAUGAUGAUGAUUGCUAUGAAGAUGCAAGAGAAGAAAAUGAAGGGAUGAGAGAAUCUCCUAGUGCUGCAGGCUGUGAGAGAGUGAUGAGUUGUAACACGGAGGACACAGAGAGUGGAGGAACGACUGCUGCGGCUGCUGCUGCUGCUGCUGCUUCUGCUUCUGCUGCUGCUGCUGCUGAUUCGUCAGAGCAGGAGAGGAAAGAAUCAGACGCAGAGGCAGGUGAAGGCGAGUGCGUCGCCUCGGAGCCGAGCGAUCCUGAAGCUGCGUCUAAACCAGAGGCUGCUGUGAGAACGCAAUCUCCCCCCAGAGAGCUGGAGCGUGGUGCAUGGAAGGGGAAGCAAAUCGAGUCAGAGAGGCUGAAGACACACACCAGCAGCACACCACCCAUGUUUAGAGAGGUCUCACACACUCAUGUAGAAACCACAGACUCUCAGGAGACUGUAACCCCACUCCAAGUCAUGCACAAUUCAGCCGAGGAGGCGUUAAGGCGAGAGGAGUUAACGUCUCCGGUCUCAGGCUCCAAAGAUACACACAGUGUUAUAAAUUCAGAUCAGGGGCCACACACACCAGUCCUUUCUGCACCGUCGUUAGAGCCGACAUUUACACGCCGUCAUGAGAGGACAGCGGACAGCCUGGCUGCAGGUGAACCCUGGCACUUGGGGAAAACUCCUCCCCUGGACGGAUCGCUCCAUUCCUGCCAUGAGCGAGCCACACAGAUGGAGCUCUGGCUGGAAAAGGCCCAGCUGAGUCUGCACAGCGACGUGCAGCAGAGUGUAGAGGAACAGCUGCGCACCUGCCAGGAGAUGUUUAUGGAGAUUGAGCAGAAGGUGGCCAGUGUGUCUGCACCAGGCCAUGAUGAAGAGGAGCAGAAAGCCCUCAGUGCCAAACUGCAGCUCCUGAAAAACAAGCUAGUGACCUUUCAGCUCUUGCUGCAGGAGAGACACAGCGAGGAGAAGGUGUGUGCUGAGAGAGAGCGCCCCCUGCAGGCUCGGCUAAAGCGCAGCACCAGUGUGCAAGAGAUGCUGAGCCCAAAGAGGGCCAAACUCUUCAGACAGAGCAGCCUGCAACAGCAGAGGGAGUUAGAGAAGGGUCUAAUCGAGCAGAGAGAUCUGAUGAAGGUCAUUGCAGCACGGGGAAGCAGAGUCAGACUGCAAAGUCAAACUGCAGAGGAACACACGCGGCUCGUUGUACCUGCAGCAGAGGUGACAGUGGAGGCGCAGAGACAGGAAGGGGCGGAGUCAGUGCACAGGAAGUGGACUCACCUCCACAGGAGACUCAGCCAAAAAGCAGAAGAGCAGCAGGAAGAGGAGAUAUCUCAUCCACCUGCGUGUGUAUGGAGCAGCGCUGAUGGAGCUGCAUGCCUACAGGAGCUCCAGUCCCACAUCAUACAUCUGCGAGAGCUGGGACACACGGCAGCAUCAGCACCUGAUGUGCAGGUGGUGGAUGAGGGUUUGUUUGAGGUGCUGAGUGGAAUCACACUCUCUCUCUCCUCUCUCUUUCACACACUUGUCUCUCAGUCAGGAGCCACACACACCGACACACACACCCAGCUGCUGCAGCUACAGAGUCUGUCUGCAGAGCUCAGCUCUUUGAGUGCUGAGUUAACCUCUCAGGGGUCAGAGGUCAUCAGGUCAUUAGUGUCUGUGGCUCCUGCAGCCGGUGUGUGUGUGGAUCUGCUGCAGGAUCGUGUGUGUGAGCUCCAGAACGUUCUCUCAGAGAAACAGAAGCAGCUGCAGAAACAGCUGGAUCACACUCUGCAGAAACAGAGCAGGAUUAAACACAUGCAUGUUGCCUUGCUUGCUAACACCUCAACCCUGAAAACACUGACUAAUGACGAUUCACGCUGUGAUCCUCAGGUACAGCUACAGGCUGUUGCCGGGUUACAGCAGGAGCUUCAGCAGCGAGAGAGAGAGCUGGCCGAGCUGAGAGACGAAACAGAGAGACAGGGACGAGUAACAGGGUUAACGCUGGACAUCACCACGCUGGAGAGUGUGUUGGACAGUGUGUACGGUGGUGUGUAUCAGCAUGCUGCUGAUCUGCAGUGCAGUGUGGAGCAGCAGCAGCAGUGUGAGCGCGUACUGAAAGACCUGCAGGACCAGCUGGAGCUCGGCAAACAGAGACUCACAUACACCACACAACUGGAGCCACACACCACGGAACAGCUACACACACUUCUCAACACACACACGAAGUUCUUCUUGUCUCUGGACUCUCACGUGCAAGCUCUGCAGCGUCUGACCGCCCGGAUGCCCGGAGGCGCCCUCUGUAGGUGGGACACGGCGGUGGCAGAGGUAGAGGGUCAGGUGGAUGAACUUCAGUGUCAGGCUCGGAAGACUGGAACUGCUUUGCAGAUGACACUGCAGGUGUGGACUCAGUGGGAGGAGAGUCAGUCCUGGUUGGAGAAACUGCUCCAAGGUCUGGAGCAUCAGCUUCCCAGCAUGCACUCGGAGGAGCAAACAGAGGAGGCGCUACGGAGGAGUCUCUCUACCUAUGAAACUUUGCAGGCGACUCUGGAGGCGAAUGCUGCACAGAUCGGUCUGGUGUUAGAUCAGGCCAGCAGACUGCGGAAAGUGGGCGUGUCCGGUCGCUCGAUGGAUGGUCUUGUGUGCAGAGUGGGCGUGGCUACUCUGAGGCUAAAACAGCGUUUAGCCGCUCUUCAAAGGAAAAUGGAAAACGGACGAGGCUCCGCACAGCACCUGAUAAAACUCUGGAAGAGUUAUCAUCGUGACUCCACAGCGAUGACGGAGUGGAUGAACAAAGCCAGAGAACGACUGAACAGCUGGAAAGGUCACGUGACCUCCUCUAGACAAGCCAUCUCCAACUUCAACGAGUUUAUCGAGCUGUGUAAAGAGCUGGAGGUAAAAUCAGCACUGAAGGCUUCAGUGAUCAGCGCCGGCACUGAGAUCCUGCAUAUUAACGAGAGAGAACACACAAACACACACACACCAUCAACCGGUUCCACUCAUCAUAACUCACAGUCAGAAGAGAACGCCACCUGCAAAGAUAUUUCUUCAGUUAAGGAUGAUCCCAGUCUCGAAGAUAAGGAAGAAGAUUCCUCAAUCAAUAAAGCUCUCACUCCUGAAAGCACUCACUCAGACAUAUGUAAUGAAGGAGACGAUAAUGUCCAGGACGAGUCUCUUGUCGAAAGGACACUGUUUGAAGCCAGCAGCUCCUCUGACGUUCCUCCGGAUGGAAAUGCUUCCACGAAGAUGUCAGAAGAUGCCACGACCAGCAGCGGCACCGAUGUGGUCCAGGUGAUUGCGCUGUCUCCUGUUCUGCUCUCACUGAAAGAUCACCUGACUGAGGUGGAGCAUAGCUGGGUGGAGCUGGACGCCGACAUCACUGCAGUACAACAGAAGCUACAUCAGCGUGUGGUGGAGAGUGUGUGUCCUCAGUCCUUGCUCUCGGAGGUGUGUAAGUGGAUCAGUGGAGCUGAAGGAUGCCUGCAGGAUGCAGAGAAAAAUGUUCCGUCCUCAAACACAGCAGUACAGCUCUCGCGCCAACUCAACACUUACAAGGAGCUGAAACGAGCACAGGUGUGUGUGCAGAUGUCAGUGGACUUCCUGAACCAGACGCUGCUGAAACACACCGAGCCGAACUUCAGAUACAAACACACAGCAUUUGCGGAACAGCUCGGGGAGGUGAACCUGCGCUGGAUCACGCUGCAAACACACCUUUACACACAGACGCAGUACGUUGAGCAGCAGCUAAGCAUCUGCACAGACCGAGACGGCAAACUGCGACUCCUACGUGCCUGGGUCAAAGGUCGCGAGACGUGGAUGCGAUUGGCUGAGAGGCCUGUCAGUCACAGUGCAGCAGAGACGCACCUGAAAGAGUGCGAGGAAUUGGAGGAGGAGCUAAAAGCUAAGUCUGCUAAGCUGAAUGAGAUGAGGAAGAGGAGGCCGAGCGAUGAUGAAGAACACACAGAGGCAGGCUUCAUCAGUCACAUUAACACCAUCUCCCAGGCAUUAACUGAAUUACCUGAACAGAACGGCGCUCUGAAGCAAACUCUGCAUCACGCAUGCGAGGCGUGGUCUGCGUUCGAAAGUGGGCGGAGUCAAGUUGCUCAUCGCACCCUGGGAAUAUGUCAAUCCCUUGAACAUUGUCACGCCCCUCACACCUCCUUCACAGCGCUCCAAAAGCGCAUCGAUAAACUACAGGCAUUGCAAUCCGAAGCUGAGGAAGUGGACAAAAAGUGGGAGGAGCUUAACCACACAUUCUCCAGUCUUAUUGGUUGGAUCCAUACAGGCACCUCGUACUUAUUAUCUGAAGAGCUGGAGAAGGAGAAAUUACGGUGGUCUGAGGUGAAGCAAGAUCUUACACACACCUCAGUGAGGUUACAAGCUCUGCUGCAGGCGUGGAAACAAUACUCGGAUUUGUCGUCUUCCUGCUCAGAGAAGCUACAGCAGGAGAAGGAGCGACUCUGUGACGUCUCGAAGACGGCGUCCGAGCACAACAACGACACGGAAACACUCGCAACCUGUAUACAGCGUUUACACGACCUGCUGGAGAACACACACUCUCUCCGGACGGACUCGGACCGAGCGCUCGAGGCUUCAAAAGAGCUGAUUGGACAGAUGGAGCCGACCGCAGCCGCCUUCGUCCAAUCAGAGUGUCGGAUGCUGACACGCGGGCUUCAUCAGCACGAGGAGGCCGUGAAGAGGAAGCUGGGAGAGAUGCAGGAGGACAUCAAGCAGCUUCAGGAGUUCGAGCAGCUCCUGGAAUCACUAGAGACGCACUUAAAGGAGUGGACGAGCCGCCAGAGACACACAGACACUCAAGACACAGACAUAUCAAAGUGUGAGCUGCUGGAGUUGAGCCGUCGCUCGGCUGACGUGGAGAUGCUGAAUGAGGUCAGUUACAGACUGACCCUGAGUGACCCCGUGACCCGGAAACUCCAGAGCCUGAACAGGAAGUGGACUCAGGCGUCUGCACACGCCCAGGAGAGAUGCAGUGAGCUGCAGGCCGUCUCUCUCCAGCAGCAGGCGUUUGAGGAGAGGUGUGAGACGUGGAUGUCGUUCCUGCAGAGGAUGGAGGACAGUCUAGCGGGAGAGAUCGCAUCCACUUACCCCGGGCUCCGAGAGCAGCUACGCACACAUCAGAGGUUCCAGGCUGAGCUUUCGCUCGGCCAUCAGAUUCUACACUCGGUGAUCACAGAGGCUCUGCACCUGCUACAGAGGGGAGAGGUGGAGGACAGGAGUGAUUUCCUGUUGAAGCUGGCUCAGCUCAGAGAGCACUGGCAGGGCGCUGUACAGCGAGCGGCUCAGCGGCGCACCCUGGUGGACGGGUUGAUACGCCACUGGCACCUUUACACACACACACUACGCAAACUCAACACACUGCUCACACUCGCGCACACACUCCUGGCUCCGGCCGGCCUCACACACUGCAGCGUGACGCAGCUCCGCCGCUCGCUCAGUCAGCUCAAGCGCAUUGAGCUUCUCUUCCAAAGGUCCCUCUCCUCCUACCUGCUCCUGUUGGACGUGGGUCGCCAGCUCUUCUCCGUCAGCGAUGAGGAAACACAGACGAGGUUACAGACGGACCUCGCCACCCUGCAGGAGGACUGGGAGCGCUCCCAGUGCAUGCUGGGAAAGAGGAGGACUCUCACUGCCAACGUCAUCAAGACGUGGGAGAGCUGUACGAGCCGGCUAGCCGAUCUGGCGCAGCGUCUGGAGGACGUCAAGGUCAGAGUGAAAGAGCAGCCGAUCCAGGAGAUGGAGGAUGAGCUGAUUAAGGAGCUGCAGGAGUCUCUGGAGGACUGGGCCGUGAGUCUGUGUGAAGCGAGCAGCAUGAAGACGGACGUGUCUCAGUACAUCAUCACCGAGGACGUGCUGAUGCUGCAGGAGCAAGAGGAGCAUCUGCACGGCCAGUGGGAAGAACUGUGCCUUAAGGUGUCGUUGCGUAAACAGGAGAUUGCUGACCGGCUGAACGCGUGGAUCAUCUUCAAUGAGAAGAACAGGGAGCUGUGUGAGUGGCUCACGCAGAUGGAGAACAAGAUGACGCACAGCGCCGAGCUCAGCAUCGAGGAGAUGGUGGAGAAGCUGAAGAAGGACUGCAUGGAGGAGAUCAACCUGUUCAGUGAGAACAAGACUCACCUGAAGCAACUGGGAGAGCAGCUCAUCACGGCCAGCAACAAGACCAAGGAGAGCGAGAUCAAUGACAAGAUCAAGGGCAUCAACGAACGCUGGCAACACCUGUUCAACCACAUUGAGGCCAGGGUGAGGAAGCUGAAGGAGACUCUGAUGAUGGUGCAGCAGCUGGAUAAGAACAUGAGCAACCUGCGCACGUGGCUCUCACGUAUCGAGGGGGAGCUCACCAAACCCAUCGUGUUCGGUGUGUGUCACAGCGAAGAAAUCCAGUGCAAACUCGCCGAACAACAGGAGCUGCAGAAGGACAUCGAGCAGCACACGGAGGGCGUGGCGUCGGUGCUCACGCUGUGUGACAUGUUACUGCACGACGCCGACGCCUGCAGCAGCGACGUCGAGAACGACUCCAUCCAGCAGACCACACACAGCCUGGACCGCCGCUGGAGAAACAUCUGCGCCUUGUCCAUGGAGAGGAGGAUGAGGAUCGAGGAGACGUGGCGUCUCUGGUGCAAGUUUCUGGAAGAUUACUCGCGUUUCGAGGACUGGCUGAGCACGGCGGAGCGCACGGCCGCAAACCCGGCCAGCACGGACGUCCUCUACACGUGCGCCAAGGAGGAGCUCAAAAAGUUCGAGGUGUUCCAGCGGCAGGUCCACGAGCGCCUGACGCAGCUUGAGCUGGUGAAUAAACAGUACCGCCGCCUGGCCCGCGAGAACCGCACAGACACGGCCUGCAAACUGAAGACGAUGGUGAACGAAGGGAACCGGCGCUGGGACGAGCUGCACAGGAGAGUCAGCGCCAUCAUCCGCAGACUCAAGCACUUCACAUCGCAGAGGGAGGAGUUUGAGGGAACGAGGGACGCCGUUCUGGUGUGGCUCACUGAGAUGGACCUGCAGCUCACUAACGUCGAGCACUUCUCCGAAAGUGACGUCCACGACAAGAUGAGACAACUCAAAGCGUUCCAGCAGGAGAUCACUCUGAACACGAAUAAGAUCGAUUCUCUGAUCGUGUUCGGAGAGAAACUGAUCCAGAAGAGCUCCCCGCUGGACGCCGUGCUGAUCGAGGACGAGCUGGAGGAGCUGCACUCUUACUGCCAGGAGGUGUUCAGCCGAGUCGCACGCUUCCACCAUCGCCUCGUCAACACGCGCCCGGUCGUAGAUGACGAGCGCGAUUUCUCAGACAGAGACCCGGAUAUGGAGGACUCGUCAGAGCUGACCGGCGUGUGGGAGAGAGACGUCGACAUGGAGGACGCGGCGACGCCGGUGUCCGUCCAGCCCUCGGCGUGUGUCCUCUUCCCUCCUUCGCUCGAGCCGUCGGGCCGAGAGACGCCGGUCAGCGUGGACUCCAUACCGCUCGAGUGGGACCACACGGUGGACGUGGGCGGAUCUUCCUCACCCGAGGACGAAGAUGAGGCCACGUACUACAGCGCACUCUCAGAUGUAGAGGUCACUGAGAGCUCUGAGUCCUUUGUUAAAGCUACAGCUCGAGCUCUGAGUGCUGCAUCUGUGACGGAGCCCAGCUGGCAGGACAGGAAACGCAUCAUCCACAGCCUGACCUCGACCCCUACACACAUCGGUGCUUCUUACCAUCCUGAGGGAUAUGCUAAGCUGAUGUCCGAGUGCACCGACAGCAUAGACAACGUGAAGCGAGUCAAACACUUCCUGGACGAUGACGAGCCGCUCGAGGGUCAGGGCCUCACCAUCCUGUCGACUGCAGACAAACAGAGAGGAGUGAUUGAGAGAUGGGAGAUCCUCCAGGCUCGAACGCAGGCUAACGCCGAGGAUCUCGGCGCUCAGCACCAUCAUCAUAAGUUGACCUCUGACCUUGGAGAGAUCACGACCUGGCUGGACCGUGUGCUUCCCGAACUGGAGAGGCUUCAGCGAGGGAAGGAGCAUCCGAGCAUUCGGGACAUGGAGAGCAGCAUCUGCAAGCUCAAGGAGAGCCAGAGGAUGUUCGGCAGCUACAAGGCUCUGAUGAUUGGCGUGAACCUGAGUGGGCGGCGCCUCCCGCGAGGAGACGGUGCAGAGGUGCAGGAGCUGAAGUUACAGCUGCAGGCAGCCAAUCAGAAGUGGACACAGGCCUGUGCUGCGCUUGACGCCUGGGAGAACCAACUGCACCUCGAGCUCUUGCAGUGUCAGGAGUUCCACGAGACGCUGCACUCCCUACUGCUGUGGCUGGCUCGAGCCGAGAGUCAGCGCUACAUGGUGAACAUUCAUGACCCCAAUGUGGAUGUCGAUGUAUUGCAGGAGCACAGAGAUACACUCAAGGCGGUGCAGCGCGAGCUCCUGGGCCGGGAGGAGGAGGUGCAGAUGCUGCAGCAGAUCUCCUCCCACAUCCUGCACUUGGAACAGGGUGAGGAGAGCAUGGAGGCCAAGGAGAAGGUGCAUGUCAUUAACAACAAGCUCCGCCUCCUUCUCAGACAGAUCAGCCAUGACCUCAACACCCUGAAGACCAGACUGAAGAGCGAAGGAUCAUCAGUGGACGAUGAACACGCGACAGACCCAGCGCUAACGGACAAGGAGUCGAGAGCUGUUGAGAGGAGACCUUCUGCAAGUGCUAAGAACGUUUCCCGCAGCAGGCCGUUCCUAUACCGGGUUCUGCGAGCUGCAUUUCCCCUUCACCUGCUCUUCCUGCUGCUGCUAGUGCUGGCGUGCCUGGUGCCAGCGUCGGAGGACGAUUACAGCUGCGCUCUGUCCAACAACUUCGCCCGCUCCUUCUACCCCAUGCUGCGUUACACCAACGGCCCUCCGCCGACAUGAGCCACUAACCCCAACCCUGAUAUUUAACACAUCUACACCAUUCGUAGUAAUCAUGUGACAGUCAGUGUAAAAAAAAAAAAAUCCUAUUUUUGGAAGGAACCAUUAAAAACAAAACAUCGUUACUGAAAAUCAGUUUAACAAUUAAGAUAUUUUUCAUAUUUACACACGAUACCUGUAUAAAAUGUCGUCUUGGCGUCGGACGUUCCAUUAUUGUAUUUUUAAUCACAGAAAACUCAAAGCCGUGAGAUUUAAUAAAAUACCAAGUGGAGAUCGACUUACCCUUCUAUUUUCACAAAGUGCAUGCGCGUAAAGAUAUUUUUAAAAUCCUAUAAAAGGUACUGACUCAUCGUGAAGUAUUAGUGCAUCGCUGGUUGUAAUCUGCAUUUUUCUCUCGAACAAAGAAUUCUCAUGUUCACGUUUAGUUUUUCAGACGCUGAGGAUGAUGAGCGAUUUAGAUAACGAGGCUAUAAGAAUAUAUUUGGAUACAGAAAGCGAAAAAGAAAAAAAAAAAAGCAUUGUAUAUACGUUGUACUUCUUUAGACUAAUCCAGACACGUUAAACUGCUGGACUACUAAAACCGUCUGCUUGUUAUAUAGUUAUUUAACAAUAAUAAAAAUAAUAUUUUAUUUAUUUCUCACACCAGCUGUCUGGCACCUAACGAAAGCCAUAGUACAGACGCACCGAGAAUAAGAGUGUGUACAGUUUUAACUAUUUAUGAUUAUGAUGUAUAGUUUAAAGUCAAUUUGUAUUUCUUGACAAAUAAAGCUGUUUAGUCAGAGUGCAUUGAAGAACUGGUAUUUUUUUUAUUUUUAUUUUUAAUUAUUAUUAUUUUUUUUGUCUAACAGUCUGGCGAGAUUGAAUAAGUACUACGCCACGGACAAGUACAGUGAUUUUACGACACGAUAAAUUACGCUUUGCCACACCUCAUACACGUCGUCGCCGAGUUAUUUAUGAUUUAGACAACUUUUUUUUUUCCUGUUAUCAUCAGGAGAAUGCUGCUGAGACAGAAUACACAUGAAUAUAAAUCACAUUUAAAAAAAAAAACACUUCGACGUUUAAGGCCUGAAUACACCGAUUUUGCCAUCACUGUAGUUAAAUAGUGCAAAAUAUAAGCCUUGGAAGUGGCUCAGAAAUUACGUCUUUAUUCUCAUACUUUAUAUUUAUAGUGCAAAUAUUUCGCUGCUCAUCAAUCAUAUAAAUUAGAUUAAAUCGCAUUUCAGUGUUUAGGCGCGUAACGUUUUACGUACUAUAUGCAUUGCAUAAAACAUAUUUACACCCUAAAGAGGGUUUUUUUUUUUUUUUUUUUAAAACAAGUGUUAAUGUCGCGAAUGCAACACGUUAAAAAAUUAAAA